UAAGUUUCUGUCGGGGGUGGCUUGAGAUGAAUCGUGAAAGGCAUUGUGUGAUUUCCCAAAUGCUGUCCAGCCUGUUCUUUCCCUCCUAUUCAGUUCUAUACCAGCUCACCAUUAAUCUUCAUACCUAUUCAUGAUAACACUUAAUAUUGAUCUAAAUGAAUGGCUUGCCUAUAGAUCUGUAUAUCAUAGUUUGAGCAAUAGGCAUUCUUUAUCCAUUUUUUUUCCUGAAUAGAUUAUUGAAAUGAUCUCUUUUGAAUGUCAUUUGAAUGAGGGGGUCAAAGUAUUCUGGGCUGUGAUAUCUUCAAAUGAGAGCAUCUGGAAAACCACACUAUCUAAGAGAAUACCUCUUCCAUUUGGGUUUUGUCCAUGUCAGAGGCAAAACAGCUUUAGUUAGCAUAUAUCUCCUAUUUUAUACUUCAUUAAUAGUGAUAGGAGAUCAUUGAAAAAAUUACCCCUGUGGUUGUAUCUCAAGAUCUUCUAAUUAGAUAUCUUCUCUGAUAUUAUUGUAUGCAUGUGACACUUUGUUGCAAAAAAACCUUUAAGGCUACAUAUUAUCCUAAGUUUUUCAUAAUCAACAAACACGGUCUUAUCUUCUGUAUCACCUUUCAAUCAGUUGUAGUUGUAUAAGUGAGGAUACAGCUUGCUGUAGAAGAUUGUUCAUGGAAGCCUGCCUAUUCCCUUCUCAUUCUGCAACAGUACCCUCUAUAUGUAUGGAGAGUGUUCUGAUAAAAACUCUAGAGUAGAGAAAGUUGCCAAGUGGGUUAGUAAUAACUAUUACAGCUGAUAUUUACAUAACACUUAAAGGUUUGCAAAGCCCUUUAUAUACCUUCUUUCCUUAGAGCCUCACAACCUCACACAAUAGAUACUUAAAGGUAGUAUUAUCAUCCGUAGUUUACAAAUGAAGACACAAGCUCUCAGGGCUUAAGUUACUUAACCCAUGAUGACACUAUAUAUGUCUGAGGUGAAACUGAAACAGAUCUCUUCAAGAUCAGUGAUAUUUCUACUCCACCAUACAACUUAUACUCCAGCUCUCAGCACAGUCUGUGUCUGGUAAUAGUAGGCUCUUUAAUAAAAGCUACCUGACUCACUACUACUAUCUAAUGCCACAUGUUUUUGUUGAUUCCGUCUAGGCUGACUGUUCCGCUUGACUUCAUUUUCUUAAGUGCCAUAUCCACUUUCUCAUAAAGCACAUCAGGAAAAGAGAUGUUAUGAGUUUAAAUGUGUGGGUACACUCUUAGAAGAUGAAAACAGAAUGAUGCAGAAACACUGCCAGAUUUUUGUUUGUUUCUAUUCUUACAGUUUCAUUUAUAAAUUUUCAUGCAGUGAUCUGGCAUAUUUUCAUGCUGUGAUCUCUUACCAAGCUUUCCAAAGACUCAUUUUUCCCACUACUGUUCCCUGUUUUCUGAGGCAAUAUAAUUUUUAAUCUUCCACUGUUAUCCAUAACAUUUUGCAUAUGAAUUUAUAUGGUAAAUUAGUUUUGCUUUUUGCUUUUUGCUGCCCUGACCCCCUUGUCUAGGAAAUUGUUCGCUGGCAUAGGCAGCUUCUAGGUUCUUUUGGGCUGUUUAUAGAGGUUUUUUUUUGCAGUUAUGUUAAAAAUAAAAGUAAAUAGCUACAAUUUCUUCUCCUUUAUUUACUACUUUACAGGUAGUUUAUAUUAUGGAGUAGUUGUAAUUGUCAUCAGUGUGGUCUUCUCAUCUCUCUUCUAGUUAUAUGUUGAUUUAACUAGUUCAUGAUUUGAUUGACACAGACAAGAAUAACUCCCACAGCAUAAAUCAGUUGUUUCCUGUUUCUUAAAUAGUUCUAAUGAUGAAUAAAAUAAAAACGACACAGUUCAUCACAGAAAGAAAGAAAUAGACCCAAGCACUGGAUGUUCUAAGAGACUGACAAUAAAAAUGGAAAACAUUGAGAAUGAAAAAGAAAAAUCAGAUGAUGAUGGAAAAUCGGACCCAGAGAAGACACUAGACUUUUCUGAAUACUUUAACCAGCUGGAAUUGCUGGAAACACACCGACACCUAAUUCCCCUUGGAACUCAGAGCCUCUGGGUUGAUGAUACUGAUGAAGAAGAAGAGCAGGAUGAAGAAACCGAGGAGUGGUAUCAAAUGCAAGAACAAAAACUGGAAAAGGAACCUAACAAAUUGCUUCUUUGGGCUGCUGAAAAAAAUCGGCUUGCCACAGUACGGAGGCUACUUUCUGAAAAGGCCACUCAAGUAAACACCAGAGAUGAAGAUGAAUACACACCUCUCCAUCGAGCAUCAUAUAGUGGACACUUAGAUAUUGUCCGAGAGCUGAUUGCCCAAGGGGCAGACGUUCAUGCAGUGACAGUAGAUGGCUGGACUCCCCUACAUAGUGCCUGUAAAUGGAACAAUACCAAGGUGGCAUCUUUCUUACUUCAGCAUGAUGCAGAUAUCAAUGCCCAAACAAAUGGCCUGUUGACCCCCUUGCAUCUUGCUGCAGGAAAUAGAGAUGGCAAAGACACCCUAGAACUCCUUCUAAUGAACCGUUACAUCAAACCAGGCCUAAAAAAUAACUUGGAAGAAACAGCAUUUGACAUUGCCAGGAGAACUAGUAUCUACCACUACCUCUUUGAAAUUGUAGACGGUUGCACAAAUUCAAAACUGGAGUCUUAAACACUCUGAUAACUUUAAUCGGUUUCUGAGGAGCUGCAACUCCUUUGGAUGAAAUACAGAAACAUUCCAGAAUAUGAAAUUUUAAUUCAAAGAAGAUAUUUUGAAAACAUUCAGUAAUAUUUAUUCCAGGUGAUUAGGCAGAUUCACUGUCAAAGUGUAUUUAUGAAAGGGCUCUGAGGGUUUUUCUACUAUUUAUGUCUAUGUGGUGAUUUUUGUGAUAUGGUCAAACAUAACUAGCUUACCUGUACUUUCUGUACCUCAAGUGUCAUUAAAAUGUGUCAUUUUGAGUGCUAAACCAAAUAAAAUGCUUUUUUAAACAUCCCAUA